AUGCAGAAGACAUACCUUUUGGCACUGGUUUCGCUACUGGCGAGCUCGCUUGUUGAGGCUAGAUCAACAAUAGCCGAUCAAACCCGUCUAGAUGUUGGCGGCAGUGAUGAGAGCUUCGAUGGAAUCGAUGGCAUCGAUCCCAACAACAGCAAUGUGUUGACACACAAGUUAAUGGAUAAAGUCAUCGCCAGCUCCGAGUUACUUUCCCUACAUCGCUCCCUCGUUGAGAUCAAAUCUAUCUCUGACAAUGAACAAGCUGUGGGAGGCUUCCUCAUGGACUACCUGUCUUCCAAGAACUUUACUGUCGAGAAACAAUACGUUGACUAUGACGAUCCCACUGGCAAGCCAAUUCGCUCUAAUCGCCGGUUUAAUAUCUACGCCUACCCUGGAGACAGUGCGUCCCCGGGUAUCAUUUUGACAAGCCAUAUCGACACUGUGCCUCCAUUCAUCCCAUACUCUCUGAGUCACCCGGAAUCCGACUCCUUCAAGCGUGAUGACAUCCUCAUUUCCGGCCGUGGAACUGUCGACGACAAAGCCUCUGUAGCUUGCCAGAUCAUUGCCGCCAUGGAGCACCUGGAGAAACAUCCAGACAUUCCGAUUGGUCUCUUGUUCGUUGUCAGUGAGGAGGUAGGCGGUAAAGGCAUGUCUACUUUCUCAGACUCCCGGCUCAACUCUGGCACUUACCACACCAUCAUAUUCGGAGAACCUACGGAACGGGCUCUCGUAGCUGGUCAUAAGGGCAUGGUUUCAUUUGGCAUCCGCGUUCACGGAAAGCCCGCUCACUCCGGAUACCCUUGGCUGGGCCGCAGCGCUGUAUCUGAGAUCUUACCUAUUCUAGCAGAGGUUGAUCGACUUGGUGACAUUCCCGUAUCGCAGGGCGGAUUGCCCUCCAGCGAGAAAUAUGGCCGUACUACGUUAAACAUUGGUUUCAUGUCUGGUGGUGUAGCAGCGAAUGUUGUUCCAGAGCAGGCGGUUGCGAAGGUCGCUGUACGUCUUGCAGCUGGUGACCCUGAGGAUGCAAAGGACAUUAUAUUCCGUGCUAUUCGCAAUGCGGCUACCAAGCAUAGGAAGGAUGCUACUGUAGUCAUAUCUAACGGUCACGAGCAACCGAAGGGAGAUAUCGAGGUUAUCUUUGGUUUGGAGGCCUACGGUGUUGUUGAUAUCGACGCUGAUGUCGAUGGGUUCAACGUCACCACCGUUAAUUAUGGAACGGACGUCCCACACUGGAAAAUCUAUGGCGACAAUGUAAAGAGAUACCUUUAUGGCCCCGGCACAAUCUUCGUUGCUCACGGCAAGGAUGAGGCAUUGACUGUCGGAGAGUUAGAGGCUGGUCUGGAAGGAUACAAGACCCUGGUUGCCAAAGCCGCUGAGAGAGAGCGCACAUGA